AUGUCCCUCCUUGGCUCCUUCUCCCGCACCCAGAGCGGCUCCUCUCUGCACAAGAAGCCCACGACUACGACUGCCUCGAUCAUGACAGCCCUGUGUCCACGCCGCAAUCACCUGUCCGCGUCCAAUCCCUUCGACCACGACUCGCCUCGCCAUCGUCGCGACCUGCACAUCCUCUCUAGGCGGCCAUCCCCUGCUUCUCGCUCUCUGACCUCCGAGUCCGCCGAAUCCCUCUUCCUCGAAGCUCUUGCUCGUGCGAGCUUGUGCCGGAAACAUGCCCGUCAAUCAUCCACCAUCACACGACCCUCUCACCCGACUAGCUCCUCCUCUUCUUCCUACUCCACCUCCCGCUCUGCACGUUUCACCACAAGCUCUCCGACGAACAAGCCACCUCAAUCCUCCGCUGUCGAAUUCUCAUCCGACGAAUCAACCCAUCCUGCACCUAUACCCAUCUCACGCCACGAGCUGCGUUCCAUAGUCGACCAAUACGACUUCCACGGCUACCAGGAAGAUCCUCCUCCGAACAGGGACUCGGAUCACGACACCUCUCCGAGCAUCCAUGUUCACUACGCCAGCCAGAUACCCGACAGGAAGCCCCUGACCGCCCAAGCAUUUCUUCAACAGCAAGCCAUCGACUACUUCAAUCUCAUCAUACAAGACAAUGAUGCACCCAAUGCCCUGCUAUACAAAGCUUACACGGCCAUACCACAACCGCGACCACAAUAUCUCGAGAAUCAACCCAUCCGGCAACUGAUGCAUCGCCUGAGUGUUGUCGAAUUUAAAGAUGAGCGGACGAUGCAGUGCUACCUCUCUAUCGUCGAUGACAUGCUGAGUGCCGACGUACCUAUGACGAGGACAGAAUGGAAUAGUGCCAUGAGCUUCGCCGGUCGCUAUCUUCGCAAAGUUGGUGAUGUCCAGGUCGAAACUGCAACUCAGAUUUGGUUGCGCAUGGAGAAAGAAGCCGCUCUCAGAAGCAGCCCUGCCACUUUCAGCAUUCUGUUUGAUAUCGCCACCAAAGCUGGUAGAANNUUCGCCCUUGCCGAUAUCGUCGUCAAGGAGAUGAUGCAGCGAGGUAUUGAGCCCAACCGCUAUUUUCGCACAAAUACAAUCUAUUGCCACGGCCUCAAACGCGAUGGUGCUGCUGUCAGGAGAACCUACCAGGACUUUGUUGAUGCUGGCGAGAUUGUUGAUACGCUGGUCUUGAACUGCGUCAUUGCCAGUCUGAUCAAUGCUGGCGAACCGUCUGCCGCCGAGUACAUUUUUGAGAAGAUGAAGACUCUCGGGACAGAAAACACAAGUGCCGCCAAGAUCAAGGGUUGGAAAGCUCAACGAGAUUUAGGAAAAGUCCUGAAUCGUGCAGGAAAAACACUGCGCAAAGAGCCAGAGAGACGCGUUGUCGUGCAAAACGUCACUCCGAUCACACCAAACCUGCACACCUAUCGUCUACUGAUCAAAUACCAUGCUCACGAGUCUGGCAACAUAGACCGCAUCAGUCAGUUGCUCGAUGAGAUGCAACAAAAUGGCAUCGACAUCCAUGGAUCCAUCUUCUACCAGAUCAUACGCGGAUUCAGCAUUCAUGGAGGCAUUCGCUAUUCUUCAUGGAACAAGAAGAGGCUUGAUAGCUUCUGGGAGAUCUUUUGUCAAUUCGUUGAGAGGGACAAAGAAUUGGAGCAGAACCACGGCGAUUGGGUGUCGGAAGAGGAUAGAGGCUGCUAUCUCAGUAUCUCCAUGGUCAAGAUUGUUCUCAAUGCAUACCACAAGGUCACGGGCCCAGAGAACACAAGAAAGGUGUGGCAGGAGAUCAAAGAGAUCUGGAAACCCAAUGAGCAAGAUGAAGAAGCUGUAACUACAGGGCUUGAAUACCGCCUGGCUAGAUGA